UUGAUCCCCAUGACGUCAUGACCUGGGUGCUAUCAUGGCCGACGCCGAGAGAGGAAGUUUGGGAUAGUGUCACAAAAAAGUUGUCCAAGCCAGGGCGUUUUCAUCAUUUUCUUCUCACAUCGGCGACUUUAUCAAUCAGAACACCAAGUAGCAGACAUUCAGACAGCCAAGACGUAGUCCCUAGGGAACAGACAACCUCCAAACGGACGUUUAACUAACGCUUCUGGGUAACGCUGUGACAAAUUUUUGAGCAGGGACGUCAGUGUUUUGUGUUUGUGUACACAGUCUUGUCUUGAGGGAAGAACCUGAGUCACUCUUUUCUGUCUACGCAACUCUUUUGUGCAAAAUUGAUCAGAAAUGCUGCUAGCAACCGCUGUGUUAUGUUUCACCUUGGUCGUCCAACUCUUCGGAGAAGGGAAAGCCUCAGUUUGUAGUGACCCUGGCAUUCCCGAGCACAGUCGUAGGAAUGUCCGUGCAGGUCAGGAGCUGUUCCCGGGUGCCGUCCUGCGGUACAGCUGCGAUGGCGGGUACGCCAUGGUUGGUUCUGACAAAAUGCAGUGCCUGGAUAGUGGGGAGUGGCAGCCUCCCGACCCCCCCACGUGUCGCGCCUUAGCUUGCAGUAUCCCAGAUGACAUCCCCAAUGGGAAGUUUGGGAUCAUGUCCAAGCCUGCAUCGUUGAGCUCCAUCCUCUACCCAGAAGGAACAGUUAUCCAGUACAAGUGUAACAGGGGGUACAGACUAGUCGGGGAGGAACAGACAACAUGUGAGGGGGGGCACUGGAGUGAAGAAACUCCAACGUGCGUGCAAAUAUGCAGUCACUUUGAGGAGAUUGACCAUUGCCAGAUCAACGUAGUGAACUCGCGCUGCAUACAGAACUCCUACUGUUACAACGGGACCAUUGUGGAGUACCACUGUGACCAGGGCUACUUCCAGAUGGGCCCGGCUCGCAGGGCGUGUGUCAACGGGCACUGGACAGCAAUGCAGGACGGCCAUUUCACGAGUGAUGAGGCUCCGCCAAGAUGUGUUCCCGAGUGCCCCACUCCCAGUCCCAUAGAGAACGGCUUGGUGCAGAGUGGCGAGUCGGAGCUGAAGGGGCCGUUCCUGGAGGGGUCAGAGGUCACGUACCACUGCAGCAGCGGGUACACACUGAUCGGCCCCACCAUGAGGAGGUGCACAGGCGGAGCCUGGACAGACCAGGACCCUCACUGUUGGAAAGUGUGUGACCCACCAGAGACCAUCACUCAUGGUGACUACGCCGACCAUAAGCAGACCUACAGGGAGGGGGAAACAGUCCAGUACUUCUGUUCCCCCAACUAUCGACUGGAUGGAGACUCAUACAGAGAGUGUCUGACAACAGGCUCGUGGUCUGGGAUGUUACCCCGCUGUGUGUGGGACCCCACGGCACAAGGACGGCCGUGCCAAGCCCCGCCGCAGCCCGUCCACGGUUACCAUGAGAACCCAGACAGGGCGUACUUCAACCCGCGAGAAACCGUGCACUUCUUCUGCCGAGAUGGGUACAGGCUAGAGGGGAGCGACACAAUGACGUGCCAGCCUAAUGGAACAUGGGGAGGGGAGCUGCCCACUUGUGUGAUGGAUACCCACAGCACCCAUACGGACACUCCCAUACCCUCAACGUUUAGUGAAACAUGGAGCAUCGUCGCUGCCUCUGCAGGCUCAGUUCUUGGCAUCCUCAUCAUUGCAGUCAUCAUCGUGGCGUGGCAGUGUCGUCCUGGGAGACGCCGGCUCUUGAAUGACUGCCCGCCGGGACAUCCGUUUUACUUCAUGGACGAUAGCGACCAAGUGGGUCUGCUCACCAUGGACCCGAUGGCUCAGGGAGUACACAUUACCCUGCCUUCCUAUGAAGAAGCCUGUCAGGAACAAGGUACACAAGAACCGCCAUCCUUCCAGGCAGUUGUAGAGGAGGGACAAAAUCAAACCAGUGAAGGAGGAGGGGAGGGAACUGGAAACAACGAACACUCUUCACCAAACUUUUCUAAUGGAGAACACAACCAUAGAAGCCAAGUCCAUUUUGUUGCAGACAUGCAUUCGCUACCUGGCAGUCACAGUGUGAGAGAUGAACAAAGUUCUAUCGGAGAUAGUGUAGCUUCAGUGGAAACAGCACCACUGAGUGAAGAGUCCAUGUCAACAUCCCGUCAGAGCACCUGUGGAAGUCUGUCAUCUUCAAAGGAAAGUCUUAUUGAUACUCCAGAAAGUGCCCUCGACAGACAGUUGGAAGCUAUGACACCCAGGUUGACCUUUGACACUCAGGAAGCAUGAUGCGCAUCUCUGCAUCUCAGGUGUACAAAAUAGUUACUUGGUAAAACUCAAUAUUUGAACUCUGACCCUUGAACCUCACCCUGUUCCUUUCUUAGGGCAAAGGUUAUAGAGACAGAAACUAGCUUUAUGAUAUAUAUUAUGAUGUGUUACCAUAGAUGUUAAUGGUGAGAGCAGCCUUUGAAUUGCUUAACGAAAACUAACUUGUGCCUGAUAGAUCUAUGUCUGUUCAUCUAUAAAGUAUAAUGUAUCAAAUGUUACAUGUACUGGAGCACUAAUGAGCUUGUUACAUGUAGGAAGGAAGUAGAGAUCUUGCAGAUAGCUCCUAGUGAUUGUGUUUGAAUUAGCUGCUCUUGCUGUGUUGAUUACAAAAAUUUGUUAAGAAAAGAAGAAGAAAAAA